AUGGAUCGCUUCAGGCACUUGCUUGGAGGUGCGGGCAUGGGCGGUCUCGGUGGCCCUGCACCUGGUCAGGACAACUCCAACCUGAUCGAUAAUUCCGAAACGGUGUACAUCUCCUCCCUUGCGCUGCUGAAGAUGCUCCGCCACGGCCGCGCUGGUGUUCCUAUGGAAGUCAUGGGCCUCAUGCUUGGAGAGUUCGUGGAUGACUUCACCGUCAAGGUCAUGGAUGUUUUUGCCAUGCCCCAGAGCGGUACCGGCGUCAGCGUCGAAGCAGUCGACCCUGUUUUCCAGACCAAGAUGAUGGACAUGCUGCGGCAAACAGGAAGGCCCGAGUCCGUGGUGGGCUGGUACCACUCGCAUCCCGGUUUCGGCUGCUGGCUGUCUUCUGUCGAUAUCAACACUCAGCAGUCGUUCGAGCAGCUCACGCCCCGCGCCGUCGCCGUCGUGAUCGACCCCAUCCAGUCGGUCAAGGGCAAGGUGGUGAUCGAUGCGUUCCGCCUCAUCAACCCCCAGCUUCUGAUGAUGGGGCAGGAGCCCCGCCAGAGCACGAGCAACGUGGGCCACCUGAACAAGCCGUCGAUCCAGGCGUUGAUCCACGGCCUCAACCGACACUACUACUCGAUCGGCAUCAACUACCGCAAAACGGCGCUCGAGGAGAACAUGCUCAUGAACCUGCACAAGCACGUGUGGACCGAGGCGCUAGAGAUGGACGACUUCCGCGCCGAGGGCUGCAAGAACAAGGACCGCCUCAAGCAGCUCGUCAGCCUGGCCGACGGCUACGAGAAGCGGGUCAAGGAGGAGACGGAGCUGACUAAGGACCAGCUCAAGACCCGCUACGUCGGCAAGCUCGACCCCAAGAAGCAUCUCGAGGACCUUGGUCGGGAGCUCAUCGAGGACAACAUUGUCUCGGUCUCGCGGCAGAUGAUUGACAAGGAGGCGACGGUACCAAAGAAGGACGAACAGGCGGCUAAUGGCGACCAGAUGGACACGGAAGAGGAGCUAUGA